CAACGCAACAAAGAUUAAAAGAUGUCCAGUUGCAUGUGAAUGGUCACAAGUUCGCCCCUCGUGCCCCGAUUGAUCCACCCAUUGCUCUGCGUUUCAAGCUCUGCGACUCCUUAGUUUCUCACAUAUCUCUCUUUAUAUCCUCUCCACGCUCCCCGCCACGUUUUGUUUCCUUUCGAAAAACUGGCCCCGAUGCCGUCCAUAACAGCAAAAAGAUCUCCAGUCUCCUCGCCAGUCAUGCCUUGGCUCUCGAGAUCACCGUCGUACCAGUCGCCCAUCAACUCUCCACGCACAUCGCCAAGGUCGAGCACGUGUGGGCCAAUCAAGACAUGCGGUCCUUCGGUGACUUACAUCCCACCGCUUAUUGAUGGCGCCUGCGGAACCGUCCCACUUGCGCAGAAACCAUCAUUGCCAAUGCUACAUGAAGAUCUGCGGGAAAUGUGGCUGAUGAUGCCAGGCCUGAUGGCGUCGCUGAGAACCCACAUCGCCAACCAUCGCCAACAUCUCUCCAAGAGUCACCUCAAAGACAUGGUCAUCCAGCUCAGCUUAGCCAUUGUUGAGGUUGGAAUCAUCACACUCGCCAUUCCGCUAUUCGCUGUGCUUCCCGGGAUCUUCUUCGCCGCCUGGUUAGGAAUUUCGAUAAGCAUAGUUUUCGGUCUGAGUUGGUUCAUGAACGGCAACGAAAUCAUGGUUAGCUGUGACGAGUUCGGCAACAGCACUACAGACAUUGACGACGACAACGAGAGGUGGAUCUUCAUCGGCGGCAUGGGUACAAGCUCAAACCACCUAACGCAAUGCACGAUUCCUCGCCUCGCCCGCCUUUUCGGGCGCUCCUUCAGCGGUAUCCAAAUGGCAACCUACGGUUUGCCUUUUGACAUGCUUCUUCUUGCCAUACAGCGUUGCUUUCCUCUCCAAACGCAGGCUUCGCGGGCCCUUUACGCCGAGCUCCGCUCGGUCCUCUUGGAUGCCUCUGUACACCGCGUUGCUGUUCUCGCCCACAACAACGGCUCUCUCCCCGUCGCCAACGUUCUUGCCCGCCUCUGCUCCGAUAUCCAGCCCGAAAAGCUCACAAAGUUGGAGAUUUAUACGUUCGGCGCUGCCGCUUCAGAGUUCAUUGUGCCUGUUGGCGAAACUGGUCGCAAGCCGGCCCGCUUCGAUGACGGCUCUGUCGUCGUUGAGGAGCGGGGUCCUCACAUCGAGCACUUCGCAUACGCAAACGACCCUUUCGCACAGCUGGGCGUCCUCAGUUCCGUCCAUAAGAAGCUCGAGAGCCGCUUCUGUGGCGGUGUCUUCGUCAUUCACAACCAGGUCCCCCAACCUUCGGGUCACUGGGUGCCUGACCAGCGCCCGGUAAUGCUCCUCACCGACUACCUCUCGGCUCUGUUCCCCGACCCGUCUUCUCCGCACGCCCCCAACAGCAUUCUCGACUACAUUAUGAUGAUUGACAGAGACAUGGCCGAGAAGCGCGAGCUGGCGGCCAUGGCGAACUACGCGCAGACCAGGCGUUCUCGCAAGGACAACCGCCGUCUCAGUUGGACCGGCCUGGGGGCGACAGUGGGCGGGAAGAGUGGCGUCAUGGAUGGCGUCAUGGGACUCGAGAUGGUAAGACGCGGAUGCCGGGACUGCGAUGGCCACCGAGGCCGUGAGGUCAGCUGGCUUGCCAAUUACGUGCAAACUGGCUGGGUUGUGGAAAAAGAGUCGCAUAUCGUCGACGCCAUGGGCAUCGGGAGCAAGCUGUAACUGCUUCCUCGGCCACCGGUUUACUCUUGAGUAGUUGGCUAGACUUUGCUUUUCACAAAAAGGGGAUAGAAAGAUGGGAUCAUUUCAGAGGGUAACGGUAGGGUGUGUGUGGAAGUUGGAGAACCGUAUUCUCUCAUCAGCAUCCAACGAUAGGGUUUUUUGGGCAUGAAACCGGAAGAAUCAUGAUGUAACGAAUCAAUGUAUGAUGGGAUGAACAGGCAGUGGUGUGGUAUCUCGUCCUCUUCAUGG